AUGUCCAUGAAAGAAUCAGAUUGUUACGACGAUUCUGAAUCGGAUACUUCCGUUGCUAAUGCCAAUCAGCGGCCAUGGCCUAAUUACAAGCUCUCAUCUUCGUCAUCCCAAAUCCUCCAGUUUUGUUCUUCCAAAUCCCUGUUUUGCGUCAUCAUUUUCUACGGCCUCUUCUUUUUCGGCUCCUUCACAUUCAUCUCAUCCCCUUCCUCCUUCCACCAUAUCAACCCCCUCAUCCCCAGCCCCCAUUUCGAAGAAUCCCCCUCAUUUUCUUCCGAUUCCCCAUCCGUUUCCCCACCCCCUCCCACCACUGCACAUCACAUUGUCUUCGGCAUCGCGGCGUCGAAGAAUUUAUGGCAGAACCGAAAAGAUUACAUCAAAAUCUGGUGGCGUCCGCACCAGAUGCGCGGAUUCGUUUGGCUCGAUCAGCCUGUAAACGAGCCCACAUCAUCCUCUGCUUCUCUUCCGACCAUCAUGAUCUCUUCCAACACCUCCAAAGCCCCCCAACACCCACAACCCCGCAGCCGCUCCGCUCUCCGAAUCUCCCGAAUCAUCGCCGAGACCGUCCGGCUCAACCUCGACGACGUCCGGUGGUUCGUCAUGGGCGACGACGACACCGUCUUCAUUGUCGAAAACCUCAUCCGCGUUCUCAACAAGUUCGAUUACAAUCAACCCUAUUACAUCGGCUCUGUAUCCGAAAGCCAUCUUCAGAACAUCAUGUUCUCCUACAACAUGGCAUACGGCGGCGGCGGAUUCGCCAUCACCCGCCCCCUCGCUAUUACCCUCUCCCGGAUGCAGGACAGAUGCAUACGCCGCUACCCUGCACUCUACGGCAGCGACGAUCGCAUCCAAGCCUGCAUGUCGGAGCUCGGCGUGCCCCUCACCCACCACCCCGGCUUCCACCAAUUCGACAUCCACGGCGAUCUGCUCGGCCUGCUCGCCGCCCAUCCAAUCGCUCCAUUAGUGUCUCUUCACCACCUCGACGCCGUUGAUGCCGUAUUCCCAAACUCACCCUCCCAGGCUGCUGCAAUCCGCCGCCUUUUCGACGGACCAGUACGUCUCGACUCUGCCGGUGUGAUGCAGCAGUCGAUUUGCUACGAUCUGAAGCGGCAUUGGACGGUUUCAGUGUCGUGGGGGUUUGUUGUGCAGGUUGUGAGGGGAAUAAUGUCACCGCGGGAGAUGGAGAGGCCGGCGAGGACUUUCCUGAAUUGGUAUCGUAGUGCAGAGUAUACUGCAUAUGACUUCAAUACUCGAGAGAUUGCGCGGAAUCCGUGCCAAAAUCCAUUUUUGUAUUAUCUUUCAUCUUCGUCGAUUAGGAAUUCGAGCGGGAUGACUGUUACGCGAUACAGUCGGUACAUGGAGCAGCGGCCUCCAGUCUGCCGCUGGAAGUUGGCUGAUCCAUUUGUGCUUGUUGAAGAAGUCGUCGUUUUGAAGGAGCCAGACCCUGCUCUGUGGGACAGGGCGCCGAGGAGAAACUGUUGCAGAGUUAUUCCGUCUACAAAGGUGGACAACAAGAAGUCCAUGAUAGUUAAGGUGGGCGUGUGCCGUGAUGGGCAGGUCAGCGAAGCAUUUGAGAAUAAUGAGAUACUAACGCGAUCCCUUCAUUGCCAUCCCGGCUAUGUAUCGGGAAGGUUCGUUCACGACGUCGAUGAUUUUAGUCGCGAGAGAGGAGACGCGAGAGAGACGAGGGCAGCGAGUUUAUCAGUUGAAUCACCUGAAAUUCCAAGUGCAGUUCCAACUGAGAUUCAAUCUACGAAUCGCUCUAAGCGAUCUAGGUUCGAGAGCAAAAAAAAGGGUGGAGCUGCCACAAUCAGAAACCAGAUAUCAUGCCUAAUGGAUUCUUCCAAUGAUGCCCCCCAUAAAGUACAGAAAACAUCAAUUAAUGAGGUCGUGGCUAUUCUAGAGCAGGAUCCGAGUAUUGCAGCGGAUGAUGGGCUUUACUACUUCGCUGUUGAGCUGCUUCAAGAUUCGGUGCAAAGAGAUUUUUUCACAGCUAUUGCCAAAGAGCGCAGGGUUCAUAUUGUGAUAGCAACGAUGACAAUACACAAUUAUAUUAGGCGACACCCGUCGCGACAUGACGUUGAUUUCCUCAAUGCUGAAGCAAAUCAACGGGAAACAGUUGAAGACUCCUCUGACAACCAAAUGAGUAGUUCUAUGUUACGAGAUGACAGCGAACAAUUAACAAUUUGCAAUAAGGAAGGAGAAGGUGCAACUGAAAUGGCGGCCAUUCGAGAACAAAUUACUAAUGCGUUAGUUAAUAUGUGA